UACGCGAUUAUCACCCAUUCAAACGGAAUACGACGACUCUCGUGUUAAGGGGUGCUGUCAGAUGAACUGCCGUACUGUAAGGACUCCCAAACGGGUAGCAGAAAUAAAAGAUGUCUUAAAUGCGAACCAAAUCAUUCCAUUGUGCAGGAGCACCGACAUUUACAAAGGCUAAUUUACUGUAAGAUGUGUCUUUUUUCGGAGGGCACUUCUGCUAGAUAAAUUAACGUGCUUCUGCGUAGUGUGGAGGACAAGAUGUUCCCCUUUUCACGUACCUCAUACGUUGGCUCCCAAUUUAUAACUGGAGGCAGCCCGUUUCCACUCAAUCGGAGGGAAGGAUAUUUUCAAAUAACUGAAGGAGAGAAACACAAUCACAGGAGAUGCAUGUGAUCGCCCCACAUGGAAGAGCUGCCAAAGAGCCCCAAACGAAACAUUCUGCAUCCCCCUGGGGACAUGCCCAGUCCCAGCAUGGAGGAGGGCCACAGUGAGAGCGAGAGCUGUGGGCCAGGCUGCCCUGCGCACAGCGGCAGCGAGGCCAGCAAUGACAGAGGGGACAGUUGCGCCCAAUCUCCAGCGAGCCCCUUGGAGCCCGGCGGCCAGCACAUCCUGUCCCCGGCCCUCACGGACACACCCUCCGCUGGCUGGGCCCACUCCGGCUUCGUCCGGAAGAGCAAGACCCACGACUGUGUGGCCGGCAUGGGGCGGUGGGCGGAGGCGGGCGGGGCGGGGCCCGAAGGGGGGUGCUGGACUCCCUCUGCCCGACGCAGGGGGAGGCUCGUCAGCAGUGUCAGCUUCUCCGGAUUCGGCGUCUCCACCGGCGGGCGGGGCAGGCUGCUGCGGGAGAACCGGAGUACUUCCAGCCGCAGCAGGGACAUCAUCGACUACCGCAACCUGACCCCCCAGGUGCCCUUCGUACCCUCCAUCGCCAAGUCCAUCCCCAAGAAGAGGAUCUCCCUCAGGAGGCCCAGGAAGGCCAUCAAAGACUUGUUUGGGACAAAGAGGCACAAGCAGGACAAGGCCCCCUCUCCAUGUGCCCCGACUCCCAGAGCGGGUGAGCAGGAAGUGGCACAUUAUGGGACCAGGAAGCACGUGAGGCGCCGGGACCGCCCUUGUAUGGGGCUCCUAAACACCCCUGAGCACAACGACCUCCUCUCUGACUCCUCCACUGAUUACUGCCACAACCUUUGCGAGGACAUGACAUCCCUGAAGAGCUUUGGCUCACAGACAGGAUGCGGGGAGAUAUUUGCGGACGAGGAGAACCACCCGUCUCUGGAGGUCCCACAGAGGCAUGACCCCGACAAGGACAUCUGCGAGCCCAGGAAAGCCAGCCCUGUGGUAGGAUCCUACCAGGGUGGUGUGGAGCAGAUGGCCUCCCCUGCCCACUCGGAGGUCCUGGACUUGUUUGGGAUGUGGGACUGCCUUGGCAGAGCCGUCCUCUUGAGACAGAGUCCUGUAACAGAGGGCAAGGUGCUAAAUACUGUGCCAGCCGUCACCACCCCGACCAAAACCGACAGCAAACAGCCAAUCACUUCUCCCAACAAUUCUGCUCAAACACCAGGGCACCGGACGGAUGUGGUGACACAAAAAAGUGACAACCAGGAAACGGUCUCCACCAGCGAUGAAGGCUACUAUGACUACAUCUCUCCGGGGCUGGAGGACACCAGCAGGGAUGCCCUCACGCCUUGCCUCUCGGCCCGAUUCCCCAGAGACAGCUACAGUGGUGAUGCCCUCUAUGAGCUGUUUUACGACCCCAACGAGUCGGGGAUGACCCCCAUCUUUGAUGACGAGAUGGGCAUGUCGGAGAGCAUUCUUGGGCUCUCUGGUGACCUCCCGCUGUCCAUGUACAGCUUUCACGUUGGGGCGGAGGAGAACCUGGCCCCGCCCUUGGCUCUGGACUUUGUGAGUCAGGAGCUCUUCCAGAGUAGCUGGAGGGGAAAGGACUGCCUGAUGAAGCUGUGCGAUACUGAGAUCUCCCUGGCGAUGGGGAUCAUGAACUGGCUCAAGCAGAGGACUGAGAAGACAAGUCCAUCAGAGGCUGCAAAUAAUAUGACAGAUGCCAGCAGAUGCAGUGUGCAUUUGGAGGGUGGAGAACUUUCUCCCAAGGUUCAAGAAGGGCUGGAGGGGCAGCCGCAGGUUGAUGAUGGUGGUGCAGAGAAAACUGGCUCCCAAGAAAGCAUGGUUUGCCAGGCAGAUGUUAGCCCAGCUUCUGCUGAAGCCUGCAGCGAGGAACUUGUUCCGGCUUCACCAGCAAGCAGCAGUCAUAUCAAAAGCCAGAUUAAGACACCCACGAACGGCUUUUGCUUCAGAAUAUUUAACAAAGACUCCCCUUUGACUCCCAGCAAAGAUCUGGCAUCUCCUAUGCUGAGGUCUCCAGGAUCUGGAACGAGUUCUGUGUUCCUGCUAGCAAUUAACAAGGAGUCCCUAUGCGAAUCCUGCAAGGGCUCACUGAAGCAGGGCUCCAAAGAGCUCUACCUGUGUGCUUCAUGCAUGACUUUUAUCGAGCACAUUAAGACCACUGACCUCAUUAACUACACCAGUUGUCACCGGUCGAGCUGUGCAGGGACGCCCCAAUCGCUCCCCCGGGGAUUCCUUGAUUCUCCCAUCAGCCCAUGCACGGCAAGAAGCGACAUUGACAUCAUUCAGAUCCUGGAGCAGUGCAUUGGCCAGGUGUCCUCUAUGAAAAUCAAUGGGAGCCACAGCCAGGGGGAGUCAGAGAUGGGGUCCUCUCCCUUUCUCCUCCAGCUAGGGGACAAUGGAGAGAGAGAAGUCAGAGCCAAAGAGAGCAAAGAGCAGAGACAUAGGUAUCUCAAGUCCAAGCACAAGCGGAAAAGCAGCAACAAAGAGAAAAAUAGCCUUGGAAUGCACAGCACAGAAAUAGACAGAAGAUCCUUACCACGCCUCGGGAUGGAGAGUACAAACUCGCCUUCCUUCCUGGGGACCGGCGGUCUGGGUCUUGCUACGGCUAACGGUUCGGAUGAGUUGGUCCUGGAAACAUACAAGAGCCCCUGUUCGGAUGUCUCUGCAACCAGCGCCUUUGGUAAUCCAACCCCAGCCCAAACCCCCAGGCCGAAGUCCCUCCCCCUGUCCAGCUCUGCCUGCUCGGAGUUCGCCAGCAGCCAGAGUCACGGCGUGGCACCGCCGGGGGAGGAUGCCGCCAAGGAGCAGCCGCGCGAGAGGGUGAGGAGGCACAAAAAAUCCGGGGUAAACCGUGGUGGGCAGUGUGGCUACACCAUGCCAGAGGAGAAGAAGGUGGAGCGCCGGCGCAGGAUGAAAAAAUGACAGCGAUCACACAGAGUCCAGCCAGAAACCUGUGCCAGGCCCAUCUCAAUGAUCUCCAGCACUGGCUCUAACCCCGCCUCCAGCUCCACCCCCAAUAUAGCCCCUCCCCAAUCCUAUCCUGCCUCCAAAUGUCUCUGGGUCUAGCUCCAAUAUAAAUUCCAACGCCUCUUGAGUGCAGCUGAUCUUUACACCAUCUGUCAAACUCUUCUCUGGUGUUUUUUUAAAGUAUGUUUUCUGAAAUGUUUUGGGAUUUCAGAUCAGCCACAUCUGUUGAAUGUCACUCAACCGGGAUCCUCUGGGGUGUGACAGUAUCUAUGACUGACAGUGCACAGUCCAUUGGCCUCAUUUUGGGCUCACAGCAAAUUUUUCCAAGUAUUUGAAUUAUCUCCAGAUGACCAAACAAAAUUCAAAGACUGGAACAAAAGAAACAAAAACCAAUAUGAUGUCAGCAAUUGUUUCACUUAUGUUUAACUUUUUUAUCAUAAGUGAUCUCCUGGGGUCAGCAGAAUAAAAUAAGAUUAUGCAGUUCCUGCAGGGAACUUUUUACCACAAAUUUUAGAAAAAAAUCUGGGAAAAACUUGUUUGCUGGGUUUCAAAUAACAACAUACAGUACUGUGUUACUUUUAUAUAGCACAUUAUGGCAGCAGUUUGUCGUGUUUGGUCUUUUUCUAUCUGACACUUCAGAUUUUUACCGGAUACACUUUUUUGCAAUGUGUGGGGUAUUGGGAAGCUCUUGGCCCCUGUCUUGGGUGACAGAGGCCAGACGUUUUUGCAAGGGACCAUUUGAGUUUUGGGGGCCUCUGACAUACAUACACUGGUGGGAAGAGGAGGUAUGAAAAGCUCUUCUCCUCCCUUGGGAGCUACAGUCUCACAUGGAGUGAAGCGGACCACAUCCCAAUUGCUCCCAUUCUCCAGGGUUCCCGUGGUAACAUUCGGAACAGUUGGGAGGCGACCGAAGAAGGAGAUCUUCCUGAGCUGCAAAACGUAAGGGAGAGUUCAGCAGGUCAAGUCACAGAUUUUCUUCCACAAUUUCUCAGAGCCUUUACAGAGAUUUAUUUGUGUUCGACACUGAUCACAAACCUGUUUUUACCUCUCGGAGAGAACCAGUAAAGGGAGACCAAACCAGCCCUGAGCACAACGGUUGUCUUUUUUAAAACAGUGUCUUUAUUAUAGCUUGAAUAGAUCCAUGCCAUGUUUUUCUGUUGUUGUUGUUUGUGAAUGAUGAAUAUGUGCAUCAUGAUUGCUUUGGGGGAUAGACUGAUGUUGGAUAGUCUGUCAUGAAAAAGUGUCCACAUGUGUUAAAA